GUCUGAAUGGUGAGGGUAGCAUGAAGUGAGUGAUAAUGAAGAUGGUGGGAAGUGGGUCCUGCAACAGCAUUAGUGUGAGUGGAGGAAGUUGUGCACUAGAGAUAUAUGGAAGCUGCAUUGUCAAGCAAAGCAAACACCAAAAGAAAAGUGGCAUCCAAACAAACAUGUACAUCAUAACACUCUUCUCUGUUCAUUUCCAUGCCUUCAUCCUUCAAUUUUUUCACCUACUACCACAAUUUCUUUAAACCCCACUUCCAUUCAAUAAAGCAACCCACUUCAUUCACCUCCAAGUUUCUCUCUUUAUCCAUGCUUCUUCCUUAAUCCAUGGACUCAUUUCACAAAUGUCUUCAACUACAACAACAUUCUUAUCUACCUUUCUCUUACCAUUCAUUCUUCUAGGUGAUCAUUGAUGAUCCAAAUAUCUGCACCUACUCUUUUUCUCUUGUGUUUCCUGAUUUUGGAAACUUUUUGGAAGAGAAGCUCCAAGGCAUAAGAGGGUUGGAAUGGAUUCAUUCAAUCAGAAUUGUCAGAAUAGCAGCUUCAGAUACAGUCCAAAUUUGAACACUGGGACACAUGCUGAUGAUGAAGAAGAUGAAUUCUCAGGGAUUCUUGAUAUCUUUGUCCAUCAUGCAAGAAAUAUUCAUAACAUAUGCAUCUAUGACAACCAGGAUGUGUAUGCUAAGUUCUCUCUAACAUACAACCCUGAUGAGACCCUCUCCACCAGAAUCAUCAAUGGAGGUGGCAAAAACCCAACAUUCAAUGAAAACAUGAGGAUGAACAUCACCCAAAUAGACGCUGUUCUGAAAUGUGAAAUUUGGAUGUUUAGCAGGGCAAGGAUUCACAUGGAAGACCAGUUACUGGGAUUUGCUUUGGUCCCAAUUUCACAAGUUCUUGGCAAAGGAAAGGUAACUGAAGAUUACAGUCUUUCCUCCACUGAUCUUUUCCACUCUCCUGCUGGAACUGUUCAAUUGACACUGUCUUUAGACCCUUCUUUGGCGCUGAAUUCCUCAGUGAAUUUGAUACCUGAAUCAGCAAAGACUUCAUCCAUAUCAUCAGAAGUUAUUUUUCUUGAUAGAAAGAUCUCAGAAGUUAUGUUGGACCCAGUUGAGUAUGCAAGAAUUGAAUUUCCUGACAUCAGUGUUGUGAAGGAGAACCAGAAAAUGGUGUCUGAGUACUUCAAUCUUGCAGCUACUUCAAGGUCCAACAAUGGAAGAUCACUACCAUUUCUCCACCUUGGUGCAUCUCCUCAACUUGAUGAUCACGAGAUGAGUAUGAGUCCACCAGAUGAGAAUCAUGUAGGGUCCCUUUCUCCAAACGAGAGCAUUCAGAACUCAUGCUUCCUAGGCUCCACCAUCACAACCUUGAGUGAUGACAGAAACUCAGCAGAUUCAGUUGAGAAAAAGAACCACUUGAAUUCUGUGACCGUGGAAGCUACUCAAAACUGUGGUGGUGCUUGUCCUGAUACACCAACUUCUAAGAAAGAAGGUGAGGCCCCAGAUGAAAAAGAUGCAACCUUUUCGACAAGCAAAGACAAGGAAAGCAAAAUCAGUAGCAAGAACACAACAGAAGCUUCAAAGUUUGGUCAAGUUUUUUCAGCUCCUUUAGGGAACAUCAAUCUUGAGGCUGAGCAAGCUGCUAUGCAGAAACAGAUAGUGGACAUGUAUAUGAGAAGCAUGCAGCAGUUCACUGAGUCCUUGGCCAAAAUGAAGCUCCCGAUGGACCUUGACAAGCCUGAGAAAGUUGAUCAUGGCGAUGGUGAUGUGAUUCAGAAUCAUGAAAACAGCAAGUUAGAAACUGACAAGAAGAAAAAAGAUGGAUCUCGUGUGUUUUAUGGUAGUCGAGCAUUCUUCUAAUCACCUCUUAGUGCUGAAAGUAGCAAGAAUGAGAUUGUGAGAAAUUAGUUAUCGUAACAUCAGGUACCUACCUUACCUCAAUUUGAUCAGUGAUAUUUGUUAAAGAUUUUAGUUUUAGUCCUGGUUUGUUUGACCUCCACUUUAGGUGAUCACAAUAAUCUUCUGUUUUAAAUAUCUUGUUCAUUGAUUAACUCAUACCUGUGUAACCUCAAAAACACCUUCAUCAGUAUGCAAGUUUUCAUACCGUAAUCAA